AUGAGCAGACCCGUCCUGCGCUUCAUCACCUCCAAGCCCAGCUUCUUCCUCUCCCGCAGCCGACGGACGGCCCAACGCAGCCCCGCGCCUUUCGCUCAUCGGCAACACCUCACCCAUCCCAGGUCCUGCUUCUCAUCCUCCCGCCGCAGGAUGGCCGCUUCAUACACGCCGAGCCCGGUGCUCAAGAUGCCUCGCGUCACCAUUGCCUGCAUCCAGCUCGCCUCCGGCGCCGACAAGGCCGCCAACCUCGCGCACGCCGCGUCGCAGGUCGCCAGCGCGGCAUCCACCGGCGCCAAGAUUGUCGUCCUGCCCGAGUGCUUCAACUCGCCCUACGGCACCAGCUUCUUCCCGACCUACGCCGAGGUCCUGCAGCCGUCCCCGCCUUCCGCCGAGCAGGCGCCCUCCUACCACGCGCUGUCCGCCAUGGCCCGCGACAACGGCGUCUACCUCGUCGGCGGCUCCAUCCCGGAGCUCAACCCCGCGACGGGCAAGCACUACAACACAUCCCUCACCUUUGGGCCCGACGGCGCGCUGCUCGCCACGCACCGCAAGGUGCACCUCUUUGACAUUGACAUUCCCGGCAAGAUCACGUUCAAGGAAUCCGAGGUCCUCACCGCGGGCGACGACAUCACCCUCGUCGACCUGCCCGAGUACGGCACCAUUGCCGUCGCCAUCUGCUACGACGUGCGCUUCCCGGAGCUCGCGACCGUGGCGGCGCGCAGGGGCGCCUUUGCGCUCAUCUACCCGGGCGCGUUCAACCUGACGACGGGCGCGCUGCACUGGGAGCUGCUGGCGCGCGCGCGCGCCGUGGACAACCAGCUGUACGUGGCCAUGUGCAGCCCCGCGCGCAACAUGGACGCGAGCUACCACGCCUGGGGCCAUAGCAUGGUGGUGAGCCCCAUGGCCAAGGUGAUGGCCGCGGCCGACGAGCGCGAGACGGUCGUGAGCGCCGAGCUGGUGAGCGACGAGAUUGAGGAGGCGCGGCGAAAUAUCCCGCUGCGUACGCAGAGGCGCUUCGAUGUGUAUCCAGAUGUAGCCCAGGGGAAGCAGUAA